AUGUUCUUGCCUCUUUGCGUUUUCUCUGGGCCAGGUAUCUCCACCGCGAUCCAGGUCACCACUCCGAACCCGUGGCAGGUGGCUCUCCUCUUCCAGCCGGUGGUGCUGAAAUGUCAGUACGAUACGUCCGCCACCCAGCCGCCCACCGUGGUCUGGAAGUACAAGUCGUUCUGUCGGGACCGCCUCCUGGACGCCUUCAACCCCAGCAGCAGCACCAACCAGGUCAACGACCAGCUCCAGCAGGCCGAUCCCAACUACGACCCCUACGUCAACUGCCCCGACGCGUCCCGCACCGUGCGGAUCGUGGCCUCCAAGCAGGGCAAGGCCGUGACGUUGGAUAAUUACUAUCAGGGGAGAAAGAUCACCAUAAUCGGGGAUGCUGAUCUCAGCAUUGAACAGACUGCCUGGGGAGACAGUGGGGUGUACUACUGCACCGUGACCGCUUUCCAAGACCUCUCGGGGAACAACGAAGCUUACGUCGAACUACUCGUGCUGGGUAGAACAGGAGGGACCUCUGACUUUUUACCAGGUGUACAGAUAGGGGACAUGCAAGACUGGCUGUUUGUGGUGCUGGUGUUGCUGGGUGCCCUCGUGCUGCUGAUCCUGAUCGGGGUGUGCUGGUGCCAGUGCUGCCCUCACACCUGCUGCUGUUAUGUCCGCUGUCCCUGUUGUCCCGAGAGGUGCUGCUGCCCGUACGCACUGUACCAUGCGGGUAAGGCAGCCACGGCGGGUGUACCCAGCCUCUACGCCCCCAGCUCCUACGCCGCCAGUGCCUUCUCACACCCCAGCCAGAUGAAGGUGCCGGCCCCCCAUCCUGUCAUGGUUCCCAUGACUCAGUUCAACGGCAGUUACGGCUCGGACUUCGACGGAGCCAGCUCAGUUGGAAACCACAGUCGCGUACCCCUGCUCCAUGACCAGGACGCCGCGAGUUCGGUGCGGAGUGGGUACCGGAUCCAGGCCAACCAGGAGAGUGACGACAUGCGUGUGCUGUAUUACGUGGAGAAGGAGCUGGCGCAUUUUGACCCGCGCUCGCCCGGGGACCCCGGCAGUAAAUACGAGAAUGCAUCUGCCAUGAGCGAGAUCUCAUCCCUCCACGAGGACCCCCCCGGCCGGGGCAACCUGCGGGACCACCUGGGCCGGAUGCGUCAGCAGGCUCUGCCCGCCAUCCGGGACCUGGACGAGGAGAGCGCGGUCAGCAGCGUCUCGCGCCAGCCUCCACGCCGGGACUAUGACUGGCCCGGCGCCAGCCGCCAGCGGGCACGCUCAAUGGAGAGCCUGGACGACGUGGGCAGGCGGGACUACCCCUAUCGCCGGGACCGGGACUGGGAGAGGGGCCGUGGCCGGCGGGAAUCGGACAGCGAGUCUGGUGGCUGGCGCUCGGACCGGGAGCGAGACAGGCGAGGCCGGGACCGCUCCCCGGAACGCCGAUCCCCCUACCAGCGCCGGAGCCGGAGCCGGGACGACCUGACCGAGCUGGGGCGGGAUCGCGGCCGCUACCCGCCGUCCCGCUACGAUGACGACUCCUUCCUGGACGAGGUGCUGCGCAGGAAAGGGGGGAGAGGGGGCUCAGAGAGCAGCAGUGUCUCCACUGCCCGGUCCGGGAACCGGAAGAAGCCGAGGGGUGGCGAGGAGGAGGAGGACUUGCCGCUGCCCCCGCCCUACACCGAGACCGAGUCGGUGUCAUCCUCUGCCAGGGGAAGGAACGAGAAGAGGCUGAGGAAGAAUGACGCGGUUAGCCGCGAGAGUUUGGUGGUUUAGUGAGCAGUCGAGGGUGUCUCGCCCCUUGGACCGAGGGGAACCUCCGGGGGAGGAAGCUUCAGUCGGACUCGAUCGUUUGUGUGAGCUGCGGGAUCCCUGUCGGAAUCCGACGAUCCGGCUCCCGACCGCACCAGCCCUUCCUGCCAGAAGCAAGGUCCGUUCCCUCAAUCCCAGCGAGGGCGUUUGCCAGGAUUUAAUUGCACUCGAGCUGGACACCUCUAACUGGGUCCCGAAUCCACUGUGCACGGACUGCCCUCCCUAUUUGACUGCCCUCCCUCCCCCACCCUCCCCACACUCUCUCUCCCCCUUCUCUCUCUCUCCCCCUUCUCUCUCUCCCCCCCUUCUCUCUCUCCCCCCCUUCUCUCUCUCCCCCCCUUCUCUCUCUCUCCCCUGUCUCUCUC